UAAACCGCCUUUUUAUGCUCUUUGAGGUUUCAUUUGAAAACGGCCCGCACUAAAAAAGAUCGAAACUUUAUGGUCAAUGGGAACUAUCAAAAGAUUACCAGAGGCUCUUCGCAAUACGAUGCGUUCUGGGGUUCUCUUGUUUGACUUAACUAGAGUUGUGGAGGAGCUUGUUUUUAAUAGCAUUGAUGCUAGUGCAACCAAGGUGUCAGUUUUUGUGGGUGUUGGGACUUCUUAUGUGAAAGUAGUGGAUAAUGGUUCGGGUAUUUCUCGAGAUGGGUUGACGCUGGUGGGAGAAAGAUAUGCGACAUCAAAGCUUCAGCAUUUGGCUGAUAUGGACGCUGCAAGUGUGACAUUUGGUUAUCGGGGUGAAGCAUUGGCUUCUAUGUCGGAUGUUUCAUUGUUAGAAAUUAUGACAAAAGCUUAUGGGAUGCCAAAUGGAUAUCGCAAGGUCGUGAAGGGGUCCAAAUGUUUGUAUCUUGGAAUUGAUGAUGAUAGGAAAGAAGUAGGCACAACAGUUGUGGCUCGUGAUUUAUUUUACAACCAACCAGUUCGGAGGAAAUAUAUGCAAUCCAGCCCAAAGAAGGUCUUGCACUCAGUCAAAAAAUGUCUAUACCGUAUUGCUCUUGUGCAUUCCCAGGUUUCAUUCAAAGUUGUUGACAUUGAAAGUGAGGAUGAGCUCCUCAGCACACAUUUUGGUUCUUCGACUUUGUCACUGUUGAUGAGUGGCUUUGGGAUUGAAGAUUCCAGCUUUCUUCAUGAAAUAAGUGCUAAGGAUGGUGUAUUAAGAAUUUCUGGCUAUAUAUCCAGUCCUUAUGAUAGUUUCUCUGUAAAGACCUUUCAAUAUGUCUAUAUCAACUCACAAUCCGUAUGCAAAGGUCCUAUUCACAAAUUGUUGAAUCACUUGGCCUCUAACUUCGACUGUUUGGAUUCAUGGAAGGCGAAUAGUGGAUCUCAAAAAGGAAAAAGUAGGUCUCAAGCAUGUCCAACCUACAUUGUGGAUCUACGUUGCCCACGUUCUUUGUAUGAUUUAACCUUUGAACCAUCAAAGACAUAUGUUGUAUUCAAGGAUUGGGAACCUGUACUUACCUUUAUUGAGAGGGCCAUUCAGACUGUGUGGAUGGAAAGUGUAGUCUAUGGACAGUCCUUUAGUUAUGCAGCUAAUAAACUAGGAAAAGAUGAACUGUGGAAGAGACAGGACAACAUCAUUUCAGUGGGAGAGUUUUUUGAUACGGAUGGGGAUGCUGAAUUUGCAUUAGAGACUAGCAGGUUUCACAUUGAUCAUGCUUCUCCUCACCUUCCCUCCUCUUUGGAGAAGCUUACCAAAAAGGACAGCCAUUUGUAUCAUGGGGAAUGUGAAGGAAUCAUAUUUCAGGAGUUUCAUAUAGAUACUGCAAAAGUUGAAGAGAAGAAUGCAGAGACAGAAUUUGUUUGUCAGACUGACUAUUCUUUUCUAACUUCUGAUGGUUCAAACACUGAAUGGUUUAAUGCAGUUCCCCAGAGGGAGGUUGAGAUAGAUACUGCAGAGCGUGAAGAGAACACCAUGGAGAUGGAAUUUGUUUGUCAAACUGACUAUUCUUCUCAAUCUUCAGAUGGUUCGUUUGCUAGAUGCUUAACCACAGUUCCCCAGAACACUGAACAGCAUCCUUGGACAGCUGAUAUUAAAUCUUCGUCAAAAGAAGAUUAUUUGUUGGAUAAUAGCCUCUCAGCUUUAAGAAAAUCCAGCUCUUGUGUGAAGGAUGAGUUGUCGAGUUUUCAAUUUGGGAAAGAGUACCUUAAAAUUGAAUCUGUUGUGUGCAGUGGAACGUCAGAAAAUGCAUUAAAUUUUGAUAGGGAUGAAUUUAGCCAUGAAUUAGAGAUAAACAUGAAUAUAAAAAAACCUUAUCAGUUGGGUUACUCCUCAGAGGACAGCCUGUCAUUUGGUGGGGCUUCGUUUGCUGGUGAGGAAAGAUUUGAAUCACUGAUUGAUAGAUUCAAGUACAAACGCAGGAGGGUUUUGUCUGAUGAAAGAGACGAUAUCUUGGAAGUUGAUGCAAGUGACACAGGUUCUGAUUUAUAUUCAAAGAGUCUAUGGCAGGAUGAGGCAUCUUGUGCUCAGCAUGUCCCCAAAUUCAUGAGAAAAGGAGACAUACCAACUCGUUUUGAUCUUCUGUCAAGAGCUUCUCCAAAGACAUUUCCAUCUUAUGGUGAGUCUUGUAAUGAAGAGACUGGCCUCCUAUCAGAUUUAAUAAUACAGCUGGGGGACUCUAGCACUGGCCAUCAGUCUAUAAAUUCUGAAUGGUGCUAUGGAAUCUCAGAUCCCUUCUAUCGAGCUGCUUCUUGGGAAGUUGGACAUUUCUACAAUAAAAAUUGUCUUGAUGGAAGCUCCAAAUUCGAUAAAGAGGCUAAUUAUGGGCAAAUAAAAGAUGCUGUAGAGAAAUGCAAUUCUGGCUCUGACAUAAGGUUGAAGCACACCAACCAAGAAAACUGCAAUUCAAUUUGCACAAGCACUGAAUUGGAUUUUGAUGAUUAUCAUCAUUCUAGCAAAUACUUAUUCAAAUUACUUCAGGAACAAAAUCUUCCUAGAAGAUUCUCCCUAGAUCGUUCUGGUAUGUCAGUUGAUGAGACAGAGUUAUGCCUUCUCUCAUAUGGUCGAGACUUUGGUAAAAGUGAAAACUUAAGGCAUCAGUUUAGAUAUUAUACUUGUGAACCAAAUUCUUUUUUUAGAGCAAGGUCAAGAAGAAGCCAUUCUGCUCCACCUUUUCACAGACAUAAGAGGAGGUUUAUCUCCUUAAGUCAUUGUUCAAAAAUGCAAGCUGGAGAAUCAAAUAUUAACUCCUUCCGUUGUGUGCAAACUUCUCCAGAAGCUGGCCUGAUGAAGAAUCUCCAUCAAUCUUCUGGUGAAUGUCAUCCAAACUUAAACUCAAGUCCUGAGGAAGAUUUAGAAUUUGGCAUCAGACCAACUAUUUUUAAGAAGCAAGAUAAUAUGAUGAACAUGAAGAAGACUCAAAAGGUUGAACAUUUUAAGCAAUUGCAAUGUUCACAGGCUCACCAAGCAGCUCAUAUUGAAGAUUUUAUCUCUAAGGAAAUUCUGGAUUCAGUAGAUUCCGGGACCAAAUGGAAGAACAGCUGUCCACAGACAACAGUUGAGAAUAACAACAGAUCAAGUGAUAUUGACAAUCAAGAUAAUAUACUUGACAUCUCUUCGGGACUCCUGCAUCUUGUUGGUGAUUCGUUGGUUCCUGAAUCUAUUAGUAAGAAUUGCCUUGAAUAUGCCAAAGUUCUCCAACAGGUUGAUAAGAAAUUCAUCCCAGUAGUGGCUGGUGGAACACUUGCUCUUAUUGAUCAGCAUGCUGCAGAUGAAAGAAUUCGACUAGAAGAACUUCGUAGAAAGGUAUUAUCUGGGGAAGGGAAGACAGUUACCUAUCUAGAUGCCGAACAAGAACUGGUCCUUCCAGAGAUUGGGUAUCAGCUACUGCAUAACUAUGCUGAACAGAUGAAAGAUUGGGGAUGGAUCUGCAACAUUCACACUCAAGGUUCAAGGUCCUUCAAAAAGAAUUUGAAUCUCCUUCAUCAGCAGCCAACAGUUGUGACACUUCUUGCAGUACCUUGCAUUCUAGGUGUAAAUUUAUCUGAUAUAGACCUUUUAGAAUUUCUUCAGCAGCUUGCUGAUACAGAUGGAUCAUCAACCAUACCUCCCGCUGUUCUUCGGGUCCUCAAUUCCAAAGCAUGCAGAGGAGCAAUCAUGUUUGGAGAUUCUUUGCUUCCUUCAGAAUGCUCACUAAUUGUUGAAGAACUAAAGCAUACCUCUCUGUGUUUCCAAUGUGCUCAUGGGCGACCAACAACAGUCCCACUUGUCAACUUGGAGGCAUUGCAUAAACAGAUCGCUCAGCUCAGAGUAUUGAAUGAUAAUUCAAGUGAGUCAUGGCAUGGGUUGCAUCGACAUGAAAUGAGUCUUGCACACACAAGUCAGCGUUUACGUGCAGCUAGAUGAGAGUGUUCAUGAGAAACCAUAAUUACUAUAAUAGCUUUGGAGGCCCUGUAUAUGUAAUUGAGAAUUCAUCAUUGUAAAUUCAUUGUUAUUCCAGUUUAUAGCUUAUCCUGGAACAUUGAUUCAUUCUUUAGUAACAGAUUUUUCACAUAAUGAAGCAUGAUUUUCUCUC